ACAAUCAAUUAGACAGCGAUCGUCAAUUAUAUCGCGCGUUGCACGCUGGUUUGACGUGACAGUCGUAAAGCUAUUCAAGUAACAAUUGGACUGUAAAGUGAGGUGCGUACGCGCAUUUGACUUCGUCUGUGUUUCUGGGACUGUUUUUGCUGAAGUUUAUCUAGGUACUUUUAAGCAUUCUUUAAGCUUACAUUUAAGCAUUUUCGGGUAAAUAAUAAAAAAAAUGGUGCAUCGGAAUAUUCAAAUUGGACUUGAAACUGUAAUAAACGAUGUGAAUCCAAGCAGUGUGCCCAAUGGGACAGCCGAGCAACGCAAGGGAAACGUCACUUAUGGCAUCGAUGACGCCCCGCCGUGGUACCUCUGCAUAUUCCUAGCUCUACAGCAUUACCUCACCAUGAUUGGAGCUAUAGUCGCCAUUCCCUUCAUCCUGUGCCCGGCGCUGUGCAUGACGGAGACAGACCCCGACCGUUCCAACGUUAUCUCCACCAUGAUAUUUGUCACAGGUCUAAUAACUUGGCUACAAUCGACCUUCGGUUGUCGGUUGCCCAUAGUACAAGGUGGCACCAUAUCCUUCCUGGUACCAACCUUGGCGAUCCUUAACCUGCCGGCCUGGAAGUGUCCGGCACCUGAGGAGUUGGCGGCCCUGACCCCGGACGAGAGGCGGAUGGUCUGGACCAGUAGGAUGUGCGAACUGUCCGGGGCUAUCGCCGUGUCCGCUUUGUUUCAAGUGAUUGGAGGAUAUUUCGGCAUAAUAGGGUCAUUGCUCCGGUUCGUGACUCCGCUGACGAUCGCGCCCACGGUGGCGUUAGUGGGCCUCACACUGUUCGACCACGCGGCCGAGGCGGCGUCCCAGCAGUGGGGUAUAGCGGCUGGAACGUUCACUCUGCUGACGAUAUUCUCCCAGUGCAUGGGGGAGGUGAAGGUGCCCACGAUGGUGUGGAGGCGCGGGGUGGGGUGUACCGUCGUAUGGUUUCCCCUGUUUAAGCUGUUUCCCGUACUACUCACGAUAGCGAUAAUGUGGGCAGUGUGUGGAGUCCUGACAGUCACCGACGUACUGCAGGCAGGCCACCCUGCGCGGACCGACCUCAAGCUGAACGUCAUAGAGGACGCGCUCUGGUUCCGGGUACCGUAUCCAGGUCAGUGGGGAGUGCCGACAGUGAGUGUGGCGGGAGUGCUGGGCAUGCUGGCAGGCGUGCUGGCCUGCACCGUGGAGUCCAUCAGCUACUACCCCACCACGGCCAGGAUGUGCGCGGCGCCGCCACCACCCUUGCACGCUAUCAAUCGGGGCUUGGGCACCGAGGGUCUGGGCACCAUGCUCGCCGGGCUAUGGGGUUCUGGUAACGGCACCAACACUUUCGGAGAAAACGUCGGCGCUAUUGGAGUUACUAAGGUAGGUUCUCGGCGCGUGAUCCAGUGGGCGGCCGCGCUGAUGGUGCUGCAGGGAGUGGUGGGCAAGCUGGGCGCCGUGUUCAUCAUCAUCCCGCAGCCCAUCGUGGGCGGCCUGUUCUGCGUCAUGUUCGGCAUGAUCUCCGCUUUCGGUCUAUCGGCCCUGCAGUACGUGAGCCUGACCAGCUCGCGGAACCUGUACAUCAUCGGGUUCAGCCUGUUCUUCCCGCUGGUGCUCUCGCGCUGGGUGGCGGCGCACGGAGGUCUCCUGCACACCGGCGUCGAGGCCUUGGACGCCGUGCUGCAGGUGCUUUUGUCUACUUCCAUCCUAGUGGGAGGUAUUGUGGGCUGCUUGAUGGAUAACUUGAUACCAGGUACGGCGGAGGAGCGCGGUCUCACCGCGUGGGCCCAGGAGAUGUCUCUAGAGGCGGUCGGCGCCUCCGAGCUCGGCGAUACGUAUGACUUCCCCGUCGGAAUGACUCUCAUACGAAGAUGGAAGUGGACGCAAUACCUGCCCUUCAUGCCGACGUACCAGGCCGGCAAGUUCACCGCCCUGUUCCACAGACAGAAGGACAGCUGAGUUAUGUGUUUGUACUACUUGUGUGGAACAGUGGACUUUGUUGUUCGGAGCGCCUUUGUGAAGAGAAAUGUGAAUCAAAUAAUAAAAUGCUGUUGUAUACAGAAUUAUUUCGAGUAAUAUAAAUGCAUCUAAA